AUGAUCACGGCAGCUGAUAAACAAUUUCAAAUUUUUCAACAAAAUUUAACAUCUAACAAAACAAAGCAACCCGUUCAAGCAUGGAAUGAAAAUAUUACAACACCCCAGCCAUUUGCAUUUUCAAAUGAUAUUCGGAAUAAAAAAUCAAAAGUUGUUAUAGAAUUAGAAGAGAAGCGUAUGAGAGAACAGAUAUUGGAAGAAUUAGAAUGUCAGAAACAGUUUAAGGCACACACAGUUCCUAGCUUUGUUUCAAAACCAUUGUACGAUCAAAUUGUAAAGCAGAAUGAAGAAAGGAAAAAAAUUCUGAAAGAAAAAAGUAAAGAAAGAAUGCAAGUUCUCUCGAAGCCAUUUUCAUUCUCGCCAAUGAAUAAAAAAACUGUUGAUGUAUCUACAGAUAAAUUAACUAAAAAUAUGUUUAAGGCUAAUCGAUUUCCAAGUAAAAUUUUUUCCUCAGAAAUUGAUUUGAGAAUGCAAGAAAAUGAAAAUAAAAGAGCUUUUGCAAAAACUUUAAGAAGUAAAACUAUGCUAAAAAAUUCUGAGACGCCAAAAGCCAUAGUAGAACAUGAAGAAAGACUGGAACAAAAGAAAAACAAACAAGCCAAAGGAAUGAUGUUCGAUCUCAUCCAAGAAGAAUUGAAUAAAUUUCAUCCAAAAAUUCAUAGAGAGGUGCCUAAUUUUGAUCGAAUAUAUUUGCAGUCUCUCAGCAAAAAUGUUCAAAUUAAAGAAAGAUGUGCAACAAAAUGUGAACCUUUUCAUUUCGAAACUGAAAUGAAGAAAAAAAAAGUACAAACUAAAAGAAGAUCAUCAACUUCGACUUUGAAUGAUUUGAGACAUUCAAAUGAACGGUCCUCUUUUGCAAAGCUUCUUCCUGUUUCUACCGACACCAUUCCGAUAACAGAAACCAAGACCUCAGUUCUAAGAGCCCAACAGGCAAGGAGCCAAAUUGAACGAGCGCAAAAUCUCAUUGAAAUGGGUUUGAAGCAAUCACAAAUGAAAAAGUUGCAAAACAAAAUGUUACAAAAAUCUGUCCGAGAAAAGUCAACGGCUCAUGAUUUUCAGUUCGUUCAGGGCAGCAUCGAGAAAAAAAUUAAAAAUCAAAAGUUGAGUGAACAGGAGCGAGAGAAACAAUAUAAAAAAGAAUUAAAAGAAAUGAAGCAAAGAAUAUCCAGCAGACCACUCCUGUUUGAACAAAUCGCCCAGGCAUCUCAAAAAAAGCACAAAGAUAUUCUUGAACGAAACAAGGCAGAUAUUUUGUUGGAAAAUGGUAAGUUUGAUGCGAAGAAUGAAAAAUACAAGAACACUGUUGAAGAAAGUAGCAUCCAGGACUUUAAUAAUCCAGAUGACAUCACACCCAAUAUUGAAAACCUUGAUCUCGAUCAGAAAUCUAACAGAAGUGAACGUUCAUCAGUCAAAAACAGCGUUGCAUCCAGAAAAACUGCCUCGAAUGAGAGCCUACCAAGUGAAAGGAUGUCGAACACGGCAAGUCCUAUGAGGGCGGAUCACCAGGCACAACAGCAGCUCCUCUCAAGCCGUGACGAUAAAGUCUCGAACGCGGCAUUUUACGAUCCACCAAUGGGGAGUGAGGGUGAUGAUGACGAUAAAUUUGAAAGUGAUGACGAUGUUGACGGGAGUUUAAAUUCAAACUCAACGCGGAAAAAAUCGUACGAUCAGACAUCUGUUUAUUCAGAAGAAAGUCACGAUGAUGAGGACGAGCAUGAUAUUGUCGAUGAUGUUUCAAAAUGA